AUGGAUUAUGACUUGUCUGUGGCCACACCUAUGGGUGAUUCUUUGGUGUGUAAUUUUAUGCUUAAGUCUUGUGUUAUCCAAAUUGAGGAUAAGGGAAUGUUAGUAGAUUUGAUUUUGAUGGACAUGUAUGACUAUAAUGUAAUUUUGGGCAUGGAUUGGCUGGCGACUUAUCAUGCUAGUGUAGAUUGUUUUAGAAAAGAAGUGGUGUUUCGACCUCUAGGAGAACCUGAAUUUCGGUUUAAGGGCUCUAGGAUGCAUGCUUUACCUAGGGUGAUAUCAGCCCUUCGAGCUAAGCGUCUUUUACGGAAAGGAUGCCAAGGGUACCUAGAUCAUGUGGUGGACACUAGGAAAGAUGUAUUGAAGUUGGAUGAUAUCCCUGUUGUCAGGGAGUUUCCUGAUGUCUUUCCUGAAGACCUACCAAGGAUACCUAUAGAUAGGGAGAUUGAAUUCUCUAUUGAUUUGCUCCCUGGAACUUCUCCUAUUUCGAAAGCACCAUAUCGGAUGGCACCAACUGAACUUAAGGAGCUCAAGGAACAAUUACAAGAACUUCUUGAUAAGGGGUUCAUCAGACCAAGUGCAUCUCCAUGGGGUGCACCAGUUUUAUUUGUGAAGAAGAAGGAUGGGACUAUGAGGUUGUGUAUUGACUACCGUGAGUUGAACCGGGUUACUGUGAGAAACAAAUACCCUCUCCCUCGUAUUGAUGACCUGUUUGAUCAAUUGCAAGGGGCACAAGUCUUCUCUAAGAUUGACCUUCGUUCUGGGUAUCACCAGUUGAAAAUCAAGGGUGAAGACAUACCCAAGACAGCUUUUAGGACUAGGAGAGAGUUUGGAUUCGAAUUAUCUCAAACUGCCAUAGGUGGUUUCACUGCUUAUACUUCUCCAUCUCCAUCGGCUUCAGAGGAUGAGAGUGAUGAUGGCUCUGGCAGUGAUGAUGCUGAUGAGGACAAUGGUGUUAGCUCGCCCAGUGAUGAUGAGACGACUGCUUGA